GGCUCAACGGCCUCAUCAACACCAGGGAUGUCCCCAUCUAUGGGCAACGGCUCUCAACUAUCGCAACAGGCAGCUAAUCGUAAUGCAAUUCUGGCUCAUCAGCAGGCUGUUGCCAGACAGAAGUUUUUACAGCAGCAAGCCCAAAUACAGGCCCAAAUGCAACAACAACAGCAGCAACAGCAGUUUAAAUAAUGAAUGACUUUCUCUCUUUUAUUGUUUUAUGUUCAAUUGACGUUAUACGUGCUUAUAUAUCGAGAUGUCAACGGGCUCUCAGCUAAAGUAGAAGUUUGUCAUUGUCUUAG